AUGUCGCCAUCAGCCAACUCAACCCUGCUCGAAUGGAGCGUCCGAGUUCGAUGCGAUGAACACGAAAUUGGUGGAAGCCUCUCAGUUUUCAUCUUCCUCUCCAACACCGUCCCCCCAAACCCCGAUGAAUGGCUAUUUGAGCGGAGUUUCGCAGGGACAUUUGACCUCUUCACCUCUUCCUCCUAUGGGCAAGCAAGAGGGCAGGCAUCUGGCGAAGCAUAUGCAACGAACAUCGCCAAGGGUUUCAUUCACAUAAAUCGAAAGUACCUCGAGCUUACCCGACAGAGCUCGCUCGAACCCGAAAUUGUAGUCCCGUAUCUGAAGCAACACCUUAGUUGGGGUGCGGACGGAAAGGUUGUGCAACUGGAACGUUUCACAUCCCUUGAAGUGACCGUGCUAUGUACCCCGCUCGAGCUCCCUAUCGGUGCAGACUACCCUAUAGAAGGUGAACCAAAGGUCUAUCCUGAAAUCACGCGGGGCCGAUUAGGUGGUGACAAAAGUGGUGCCUGA